CUAGUGAAGGCAGGGGGCUGGACUCGAUGACUUUUCGAGGUCCCUUCCAGUUCUAGGAGAUUGGUAUAUCUCCAAUUAUUACCUUUUAUUACCUGUUCUGAGCCCAUGGGACUUGGCAAGAGUUUGUCCAUUGAGUGCAGUGGGGUCAGGACCAGAUCCCAGUGGAAAAAGUUUCUGGCUCAUGUGGGGAGCUUCUGCCCAGCCAGACUUUCCAUCCUAGCUGCAGCAGAGCCCUUCUGCCCUGAGGGACUGUCUGGGGGCACCUUGCAUCCGUCGCCUGUGGGCUCUGGCAUUGCGCCAUCAUUAGGGCAGCACUUGGCAUGAUCAGUGACCCAACCUCCGGCGAAGAGCCGUGUCUCCCCUGCAGGGGCUUCCCCUGGUAUCUUGCACUCGCACCUCAAGGCUGAAAGCUGCUGGGCUUCUUUCCCCCAGCUCCUGAGCUGGGCUCUGGGUCUUCCUCAGAAGAGAAAGGAGCUGAACUAAGGGGGAGGGGGGAGGUGCUGGCCUGACAGCCCCGGGGGAGCCAGUCAUGCCCACAGCGGGUGCAGCUCAGACAGGAACGCUGCCCCCUCCUUGGGAGCCAGGGGGUAGCAGCCUCUGUAGCCCAGCCAGCCCUUAGCCCCUCUGCUGUGGCUGCUAACAGGGAGCUAAGCUGGAUGCUGGAUUUUGUGCUACUGAGACCCCAGUUUGCUGGCCCCAGAACAGCCGUGGAGGGUGUCGUCUGCCCUGCUGGGCUGGAUCCCCCACACCCCCUGAGCCGGUCUGAGGAGCCCCGCCCAGGUGGGCGACAGGAGCUCUGGAGCUUGCCUGCCUGGCUGGGUGGCAUGUGCUUGUUUUGGUUUCCCUCCCCAGCACCUCAGGCAGGAGGAGGAGCUGGGUGUGGGAACCACCACGUCAGGCAGGAGGGAGCAGUUCAGCCUUGGCUGGGUGGCAAGGCAGAUCGACUUCCAUCCGGAUCCUCCCAGCAUGCUGCUCCCUGGGGCUUGGCUCUGGCUGCCUGGGGGGAGCAGUGCUGGUACCACACGUUGGUCUAAUUCUCCAUGGCAACAGCACAGGCCCCUCAUGUGACCUGUGACCCUGGCAACUGCCUCCUUGACUCUUCCCUAGCCCCUGCGCCUGGGAGCUACGGCUGCGGCAUGGGCAGCGUGGGCAGCCUGGUGGAGAAGCAGGACUUGACGCCCGUGGAGCUGCGGGCGGUGCUGGGGGGCUCGCGGGGGUUCCGGCAGCCGGACGGCCUGCUCCGGAAGGGCCCGAGCCAGCGGGAGCUCUUCAGCUACCUGCACAGCGCCAGGAAGGAGCCCCGGGCCGAGAGGAAGCACCAGGCGCUGGGGGCGUCCUGCAGCCGGGACUACGAGAGCGACCGUGAGAACCGGUCCCCUGACCGCUACCCCCGCGAGCACCACCGGGGGGCAGACUUCUCCAAGAGCUCGCUGCCGGAGCGGGGCCGCUUUGACAAGUGUCGGAUCAGGCCAUCGGCUUUCAAGGCAGUGGCUGGGAAAGGCCUGGUCUCUAUGCAGGGUCUGGCCUCAUCUAAAGGGCAGAAGCUGUCGAAGAGCAAUGGGAGCCUGCACACCCUCCUGUCCCAGAGCAGCACCAGCGCCUCCUCCCAGCAUGGCCACAUGCGCACCCACCUGCUGCACACCAUCAGCUUAGACGAGGCCUCCAGUUCCAGCCACAACUCCAUCCAGAGCUUCCCCAUCUACCCUCCCCACUUCAAACCUGCCCAGGGCCAGUUCAGCGCCUCCAUGGGCCACAUCAACCACAUUGGGGGCUCCCUUGACAGGGCCUCCUGGGGCCCCCGAGAUCCCCUGGCAGUGGAGAAAACACCUCUGUCCUGCAAGAGCAUGGCCACGCUAAGCCGUCUGCAAAGCUCCGGGGAGCCCCCACCCCCCUAUGAGUUCACCUACUCCCUGGAGGACGUGGUGAAGCAGCUGGAGGACCGACUGCAGGAGAAGAGUGGGGAGCUGUGGCAGUUGAAGAGGAGCCUUAGUGAGACUGAAGACCCCUUCACACAGGUUUUCGAGGACAAACAACAUCUGUGGAUGGAUGCACUGGAUGAGCUGAAGCAGAUGUAUGUCGCCAAGCUGCAGCAGGUGACCCAGCAGGCCCAGCGCAGCCAGCGGGCGCUGCAGUUGCAGCUCUACAAAGCGCAGCAGGAGAAGAAGCGGCUGCAGGAGGAGCUGAGCCUACACCAGGGCCAGUGCGAGGAGCUGAGGCAGUGGCAGCAGCAGUGUGAACGUGUCAGCCCCAAACUAGAAGAGACCAGGUGGGAGGUUUGUCAGAAGGCAGCUGAGAUCUCACUGCUCAAGCAGCAGCUUCGAGACUCCCAGGAGGAGCUGGCCCAGAAACUCAGUGAGAUCUUCAGCUUGAAGACCCAGCUGCGGGAGGCCCAGGCAGAGGUGCAAGCCAAGGACUCACAGCUGGCCCAGCUAGGGGACUCCUUCCAGGCCCCACCAGAGCCCAGCUCCUCCCUCCCUUUGGGGGAUGCUCCCAUGCCAGUCUGCCAGGACUUCUCUGGCUGUGAAACUGACGACUCCAAGUGUUGGGGUCUUCACAGCGAGAAUGGGGAGCCCCCUGAGAGGCAGGUGGAGUGGCUGUGGGCAGAGCUGCUGCGUGAGCGGCGCCAGGGCCAGCUGAAGGCUGUGAACUUUGAGCUGGAGCGGAAAACCUGGCAGCAGGAGAAGGAGAAAGUGCUGCGCUACCAGAGGGAGAUCCAGGCAAGCUACAUGGAGAUGUACCACCGCAGCCAGGCUCUGGAAAGGGAGCUGCGGCAGCUGCGGGCUGAGCCCAGAGAUGCUGACGCAGACUCACCCUGGAUCGAGAGAGUUGAGUCUUCAAAAAUCUGAAUGGGAAGCCAGCAGCCUGGACUGGGAAGGAGCAAGAGCUCUUGGGAUGGUACCCAGGCUGCACCAUGGACUGCUUGGGCUAGCCAAGGGAGCUUCUCCAUUCAGACUGAUGAUGCUGUGAGCACUGCAGGUCCAUCCCUGGGGGAGUGUCAGGAGCAAGUGUUACUUCUGCCUCUGCGGCAGGGAUCUGUGCUCCAACAGCUGCCUUUGGCAGGGCAAGUUUGCACCAUGAUUUUUACUGUCUGGCAAACAGAAGCCCAGCAUCAAGUGGGAUUUCCUGUUCCUCCUCCCCAUCCCCUGCUGCUUCCUACCCCAGCAAGGGCUCUGGCCCUGCUGGGGAGAUGCCCAGCUUCCUCUCCUUACACUGUCCAAGCUGCAUGCCUGCCAGUCUUGCUGCAUGUCCUUCACACUGGGGCUGCACUGGCCGCAGCAGAGAAAACCUGCCCUGCUGUGCCUGUGCUGGGUGCCCAUGCAGGUAACCUUGCCUUGGGGCUUGAGGCCUGGGAAAUGUGACACACGGAUGCUGUGGAGCACUUUCUGACGGGGCUUGAGCUGCCCUGGCACCUGGCUCUGCUGGAGAAAAGGAGAGACUAUAGGGCUCAUGCCCCGGGGGACAGGUGCAGGGGCUUUGCAUGCCACCCAGGGCUGUGGCCUCUGUGCUGCUUUGGAGAUAGAGAGGAGCUGGGUCAGUAUCCUGACGUAGAGAAAGGGAGAUGGAAAGCAGCUCCUGCCGGAGAGCAUGCACCAUCGCUCAGACCUAUCCUUGCCCACCCUCCCCAGUUCUGGCCCAGCCAACGUCUGGGUAUGAAGCUUUCCUGUGAGGCAGUAGCACAUGCCUAGUGAAAUGAGAUAAAUGAAGAACCUUUUCCCCCACUGGCCCGGCCCAGCCCAGGUGAGGGGAGGGAUGGUGUAGAGCGAGUGCCCACAGGAGAGCACCUGGUGGGGUCACCGGCACAAGUGCAAUUGGGGAAGGUGUGGUCAGCUUUCCCCCCAUUCAGCUGCAGAGCACCCAGGGAAGCAGAGCCGCCUUUCACCAGAACG